UUAUUUUUUCCUGCCGACUCGCAGACGAAACAGCAAUACAGUGAAGCCCGUGAGGCCCCUGCCUUUUUGUCGUUUCUUAACAGGCAAGUUCCAGGCCUUAAUAUUGGCACUCCCCAUGAACACACGUACGCGGUGGAGCUCACAAAGAGAAACUUUGAUGCGGUUGUCAUGGACGAGGCAAAGGAUGCCCUUGUGAUGUUUUACGCGCCAUGGUGCGGGCAUUGUAAGAAACUCCACCCUGUUUUUGAACUUCUUGCGAAGGCGUUCAAGGAGGAAGCGGACAUUGUUAUCGGAAAACUGAACGCUGAUGAUGCAUCUAAUGGUGCAGUGCGAAACCGGUAUAAAGUUGACGGGUAUCCGACACUUGCAUUCUUCCAAAAGAAGAGUAAAAGUGAGCCACAGUAUUACAGUGGCGGCCGCAGCCUUGAAGAACUUGUUGACUAUGUCAAUGAACGUACCGGGAAGAAUCGUCUUCCUUCUGGUGAUCUUUCCGAGAAGGUUGGUGUGAACGACGAGCUUUCAAAGGUGCUGCGGGAUAUGAUGUUAAAGGAAAAGAGCGUGGAUGAGAAGAAGCAGUGCCUCGAGAAGGUGAAGAAGGCGGCGGCGGAUCUCACCGGUGUGGAAGCUGUGCAGUACCCCCGUAUCGCGGAGAAGAUUUUGCAGCUGGGCGCGGAGUACGUGGAGAUGGAACUGGGCCGCAUUGCACGAUUGAAGCAGGGCGAUGUAAAGGGCGAAAAACGUGACAUGCUCACAAUCCGAAACAACAUUUUGGCUUCCCUUAAGGGUGAGUAG